AUGCCAUUAGGACCUUUACCUAUCUGUCAAUGUCCCAUCUACUUGAACGGAACUCAGAAUGGUGCUGAUUUGAAUCCCUCCUCACACAGGUUCAUUAGUGACUGUCCUCAUGAGAGAUAUGCAAAGAAAAUAAGACAUUCCCUCUGCGGACAAAGUUGUAAUUCUUUCUCCCAAACUUCUAGAUUUGGGAGUGACACCAAGAAGCAAGAACUGUGUGUUUUAGGGAAUGACAACCUUGUACUGCCUGAAGAGAAUAACAGCUAUGUUGAUUCUUUUCCAAGCUGUGAGCCUGGCUCUGAGGAUGGUAUAUUAUCUGAUGAUGACUCUAGUCAGGCCAAUUCUUUGAGAUAUCAAGUUGUCCAAGAACUACUGAAACAGUUUUCUUGGAACAAGCAAGAUCAUGCCCAUGAAGUGUCUUCAGGAUACUUUAAAGAACAGGUGGUUAUUCAAUUCAGAAGAGCUCUUUAUUUUUCUGGGCUUCGGGUAUUAUAUGUCAGGGGUGGUGGAUUCUACAGGCAAAUUUCAGCAGAUUAUUUCCUGAGAAAUCCAAACUGUCUACAGCGAUUAAUCCUAUGGCUUAAACGUGAGCUGAUAGCUAUUUAUGGUGACUUUGGGUACACAGCAAAAAACAUCCUUACUAUCAUCCUCCAAAACAUGACAGAGCAUGAUCUAGACAGCCAGACCUUUUCAGAGCUCUUGAGACCCUACCUCUUGCAAUACACUGAACAUUUCUUACACGAGUUCAUCAGUUUUGCUCGGUCACCUUUUAGCAUGAAAAUGUAUGACCAGCGAGCCAUUUAUGAGUGUCCUUCUCCGUCAGAUGGAAGAGGAAAUCUAUUCACUAUCUCACCUACUAAUGACAAAUGGGCCUUACCAGCAUUGGAAAAUUAUGCAGAGAUGGCCAAAACUAUUCAUGACUCAUGGAAUAAAGGAAUAUUGCCUCACUCAGGUUCAAAGCAUACCAUGACAUCUGAGUCAUCUUCCAUGUCAACUGAAAGAAAUCCAGAAAAGCCUAGUAGGACCAGAAAUAAACAUCAGCUUAGGACCCAAACCAAAUUAUAUUCAGGAAACAGCAAAGGUGUGAUUUCAUCACAGAGUUGUACCCAUAUUCCUCAUCUUAAAUCAAUGGGUGGGGAUGCCAUAGUCUUACUAGAACCACCAUUGGACAGCAAGAAAUAUACUUCUGAAGGAAAAACAGAAGGGAGGAAGCUUCAGCUUGAACAGGACAAGUGUUCAGGAGAUAAUAGAGCUAAUUACUCUGCAUCUGAUAUUUCAACCAUCUCAAAUUCUAGCCCAAGAGAAAAAAAUAUGCUGGCUCUUUGUCAGCCAAUGAAGACCCAAGAGAAAGAACCAGAAAAGAACAAAAAUCCAGAUUCCUUUGGUAAGAUCGUUCAAAGAAGCCCUCCCAUGAUGAAGGAAACACAGCCACCCUUGUUUGUCAACUCAUCCCAAAGGAAAGACCAAACUUGGCGCUGCAAUUCAGAGAAUGUGUAUUCUCAUAGGAAGCCCAUUCAGAGAGGCCAAAGAGAACAUGCCUUUAGGAAGGAAAGGAUGAAGUGCCAAUCAUCCUGCCAAGGCGGAGAACUAAGUUCACACCCCUAUAGAAGGGACUAUAAGAAUUGUCUUAAACAAGGACUAACUCAAAGUACUGAAGACAAACCACAUUUGUCCCAUCACCCUAGAAAGAGAAGGUCAAGAAGCAAAGAUCACAGUGAUAGGGGGCUGAGAGGAAGCUAUACAAGUGAACCUUUGUUGACUAUAUCCUGUGAAGUUCAGGAAGGUGAGAAAGGAGAUGGUGAUUACAAACCUUUUAGAAGGGUUGUUCUAGCUAGUACAACAGAGCUUGUUAGUAGUAGGGGGAAAGCCCAGCAUCUUUGCAACAGAGAAAAAGCUUUUAGAGUAAAAAGUCCCAACAUCUGCCGCCAUCCUGAGAAUCAUAGAACAAACUGUCAAUGCAUGAGGAGGUCAGGGACAGUGCGUGCGGGAAGCAUGUCAUCAAACCAUGAAAAUAUGGGUAAGAAAAGAACAUUCAAAUGCCAACAUUUAGAGAAGGAAAAUAAUGAAACAAUGACUAACUCAUUGCCUCCUCCAGUUCAGAUGCACCAAAUCCAGCAAUCUACAUCCUGCUACAGACUGGGGGUCCCCAAACAAUGUAUCCACCCAACAGCUCAAGCUUCAAGGAUAUCAUGA